AUGGCGUUGGAAGAGAUUUUUGUUACUGGGGCCACAGGGUUCAUGAAAAAAUUGGUUUCUGUUGCUGCCAAAACAAUUGGUAUGUCUAAGGUUGCAGAUAAAGAUCUUCAAAAGCUUAAGGAUACUCUGGAGAUGAUCGCGGCUGUAACGUCUGAUGCUGAAAAGAAGCAAGUGCAGUCCAAAGUAGUGCUGCUCUGGUUGAGAAGGCUCCAGAGCGUUGCAUAUGAUAUUGAUGACGUUUUGGAUGAAAUUUCCUAUGAAGCCAUGCGUCUCACUGAAAAAUAUGGAAAGCUAGAGAAGGUACGUCGCUUUUCAGUUAAAUUUGAUUUUGCUCAUAGAAUCAAAAGCAUUAAUCAAGAAUUAGAUGAAAUUGCUAAGCUAAAAGAUAUGUAUGAGUUAGAACUUAGUGAUGAUGGUCAAAACAGUGAGCAACUAGACCGGAUAACAGCAUCCUUUGUAGAUAAUUCUAACAUUGUCGGGCGAGAAAAAGAAAAAUCUCUAAUAGUAAAGAUGGUAUUGAAGACCAACUCUUCGUCAUCGUCAUCAUUUGAUAAUUUUGGUCCACAAGAAAAGAUUUCAGUCAUUUCAAUAGUGGGUAUGGGGGGAGUUGGGAAAACGACCCUCGCCCAAUUGGUAUUCAAAGACUACUCCAUUGAGAGAAGCUUUAAGCCAAGAGUGUGGGUUUGUAUUUCAGACAACUUUGAUAUCUUUGUAAUUUUAAGAAAUAUUCUAGAGUCUAUUACUCAAAAACACUGUGACUUGUCUAGUGUCGAUGUACUAGUAAAGAAAGUUCAUAAGAAGAUCAGAGAGAAGAAAUUUUUGUUGGUACUAGAUGAUGUGUGGAACGAGAAUGCCGAAGACUGGGAGAAAUUUAAGGGUUAUUUAGGCGGGGGUGCUCAAGGGAGUAAAAUAUUAGUAACUACGCGUAAAGAAAGUGUUGCAUCUAUUGUUAGGGGUACAAUUCCGCCUUAUAAUCUUACAACCUUAACGAAUCAAGAAUGCUGGUCUAUCGUUGAGAGAAAAGCCUUUUCUCCUGGCGGAGCAGUCAAGACUCCAAAUAUGUUAAAUAUAGGAGAGGAGAUAGCGAGAAAAUGUGAUGGUUUACCACUUGCAGCUUUAUUUCUCGGAAAUCUCAUGCGUUUGAAAAAGAAUGAGUCUGAUUGGUUGGCGAUCCGAGACAAUGAUGUUUUCAGUACACCAGAAAAUCCCAACAAAGUAAUUCAGAUUUUAAAAUUGAGCUAUGACAACUUACCCUCUCAUUUGAAACGAUGUUUUUCAUACUGUUGUUUAUUUCCGAAAGGUUGGAGAUAUCACACGGAAACACUUAUUCGAUUGUGGAUGGCUGAAGGAUUCCUUCAUCCGUCUAAUGGAGGCAGAAACCAAAGCUCACCAGAAGAUAUUGGUAAACAUUACUUGUAUAGUUUGUUAUCAAAUUCUUUUUUUCAAGACGUGAAAUAUGACAAGCUAGGUGAUAUUAAUUAUUUCAAAAUGCAUGAUUUAGUACAUGAUCUUGCAAAAAGUGUCGUUGACAGUCAUGAAGUCGCGAUUCUAAACGCAAGCGAAAUGGAAAAAGAUAUAUGUGAUCAUUUCCGUCGACUACAUUUGACUGUAGAAGGAGUAUACAAAAAGGUUUUUGAAGUCUUGAACAACUCAAAAAAGCUGCGGACAAUAUUUUUCAAGGAAAAUGCUAAUCUGUUUACGAGUCUGGUUAGUAACAAGCAUUUGCGUGUCAUACAUUCGCCUUCUGAUUUGUCUUCAAAAAGUGCUUAUCGGCUUCAUCUGAAUGAUGAUGAUAUACAAGAAAUUCCAUCAUCCAUUUUUGAGUUUAAACACUUGAGGUACCUUGACCUCAGCAGGCUCAACCAUUCUAGAAUUACAGAUGUUCAAGUCAAUUCCAUUAGUCAACUCUACAAUCUGCAGACUCUCAAUCUUCAUCGAUAUCUAAAUGUAGGAAACAUUCUCCUAGGAAUUGGUACUUUGAAAAAUCUGCGUCAUCUUAAUCUGUCUUAUUCAGAUGUUAAAGUGUUACCUGAUUCCAUCAUUAAGCUCACCAAUUUGCAGACAUUAGAUAUUAGUAAUUGUAAUGAUAUUAGUGUCUUACCCACAGAUAUUGGGUCUCUUCAAAAUCUAGUGUCCCUUCAUUUUCAACAUACCUCUAUCAAAGAAUUACCGGAUAGUUUUGGAGAAUUGACAAAAUUAAGGUCACUAGAUUUGGGAUAUACUGAAAUAAAAGAAUUGCCUGAAUCUCUGACUAACAACAUCUGUAAAUUAGAGUUUGUGAACUUUGAUGAGUGUAAGUUUCCCAAAGACAUCAAGAAUUGGGUGGAUUUGAGAUGUCUCAUCAUUGAUGACAAUUUGCAUAAGUUAUUUGGGGUCGCUGAGUAUCAAAUAAUGCCCGGAGGUAUAGAUAUGCUAACUCGUCUGGAAGUAUUAGAUUCUUACGUGGUUAGGAAUAAAAAGGACUACAUCGGAGGAACGUCCAAUGAUUCAAGUGGGAUUGAAGAAUUAGCAAGCCUAAACUCCCUUCGGACUUUAUAUAUAAUACAUCUAGACAAUGUGAGAGGUAAAGUGGACGCUGAGCGGGCCAAGUUAAAAGACAAGGAGAACAUUCAACAUUUGUAUCUAAAAUGGGUACACAAAGAAACAUUUGCAGAAGAAGAAGAAGUUGCUAACAAUUCUUAUAUGGUGUUAGAAGGUCUAAAGCCACAUCCUAAUUUAGAGUUGUUGUCGAUACAACAUUUCCAGGGUGUAAAACUUCCAAAGUGGAUGGGUUCUUCUUAUUGCCUUCCGAAUUUGGUGUAUUUAUAUUUCGAGUAUUGCAACAGUUGUGAGAAGCUUCCAUCACUGGGUAUGCUCCCGUGUCUUAAGGUACUUCGCUUAGUGCGAGUGAGCUCCGUAAAAAGUCUGGGUGAAGAAUUUUAUAAUCAACAACAACAAGGAGAAGUAGAAAGCUGCAGCAUUACAACGACAUUAUUCCCUUCACUAAUUCAUUUAGAUAUUGAUGAGAUGAAUGAUCUAGAAGAAUGGGUUGCUCCUCCACCACCACCUUACAAUUGCUUCCCUGUACUUGAGGAUCUGUCUAUUCAGAGGUGCAGAAAACUGAAAUCUAUACCAGAUUUACGAUUACACACUUCUCUUAGGAAAUUAACGAUCAGCAAAUGCAACACAUUGGCUAGUUCAAUACCGUACAGUCUGCAUAGCCUCACCUAUCUUAAAAAACCAUUCAUAUCAGAUGUUUCGCGUAUGCUUUCAGAUCAGAUGUUUAAUAUGGGGUAA